AUGGUGCCCAAUGAAUGCGAGGGGUGCAUUCUUGAUGGAACCUUAUAUCUCGGCGGCUCGCUUGCUGUGAGACUUGGGGAUUCGCUCCGACUUGGAGUUCAGGAACCUCAUUGA